AUGGCUGGAACUGAUCCCCGUCGCUCUUCUCGCGCUCGCACAAACCAACCCGUAUCUCGACCAUCGUCUACCACAUCCAGCGUUUCUGGCCGCAUUGAACGCCACCCCAAACAUUUCGUCAAGACCGGCUCGCCCCAGAAAUCCACGUCGUCUGCAUCGCUCGCGUCCGAGCCGCCCGACGAUACCGCAGGCACUGACGACAACACUCCGCCGCCACCUACACGCAGCCGACGCGCCGCGCACCCCAACGUCGUCAAGGACGACGACCAGGACCAGUCGUCUGUGGUUGUCAGCGAGAUUGAAAUGACCAACGACGGGGACGACUUCCAGGAGGACGACGAGGCGGUCCGCUGCAUAUGCGGCUCCGAGGACUACCCGGGUCCGCCGGCGGCCGAGGACGUUGAGCAGGCGGCCAAGGAUGGCUACGACAUCGAGGCUAUCUUCCCGGCCGUCGUGACCGACGACCUAGCCGGUUUCUUUGUCCAAUGCGACAUUUGCAAGGUCUGGCAGCACGGCGCGUGCGUCGGUCUCGUUAACGACGCGAGCCUACCCGAAGAGUACUAUUGCGAGGAGUGCAGAAAAGACCUGCACAAGAUCUUUCCUGGCCCCAACAGCCACCGCUGUUCAAUCUACCUCGCCCUCAAUCGCCGACGCUCGCGUACGGGCUCAUUCAACAAAAACCGCGAUCGCUCGCCGCAACACCGCGACAGGAGCAAAGACAGCAAAGAUGGAGACAGAGAAACUGGGCCUGAUGGGGUGCGGGAGUCCAAGAGUGCGCGGGCGUCGGCUGCGGCGGCCAAGCGUCGCUCGACGAUGAAUAGCAGGGACGCGGCGUACGACGAGGAACAAUUGCUCAUUGCCCUUGCUGCCAGCAGAGAAGAUGCGAGCGAUCCUGCAGACCCCACUCCCAGACGGCCAAAGCGCAGUCGAAGCGACAGCGAAGAGUAA